AUGGCAUCGGCAAUAGAAAUUUUAGCGAAACAGGCGAUGAAGACCUUCGGCGAUCGCAGGAGCGUUAGCUACAGGCUUUGCCAGAAAAACCUGGACAAAUUGUGGAAUCUGAUGAAUAAGAUAACUGCCCAGGAUGUGAAACUGGAUGACAGUGUUCUCAACUACGUCAAUAUACAACCAGCACCUAUGUGUGUGAUGGACAUAUUCGAAAACAAGGAUAUAACGAUCGCGAUUUUCAUACUUAAACACGGAGUAAUGAUGCCUAUGCACGAUCAUCCUGGGAUGCACGGUUUGUUGAAGGUGAUCAGCGGUAUAGUGGAAUUGAACAGUUAUAGUCUGAAGACGAAAAGCGAUCAUAUAAUUAAGGCAAACGAGGAGAUUGCGGCUCUCAGGCACCGUCCGGUAACUCUUCACAGUAAUUCGCUUGCUUGUGUUCUCACACCGUCAGACAAGAAUCUACAUCAAAUUUCUUGCAUCGAAGGACCUGCGGCUUUCUUGGACAUACUCAGUCCACCAUACGAUGUCGAUAUAUUCGGCCAUGGACCAAGACCAUGUACAUACUUUAAAGUUAUCAGAUCCAAGCUAUGCGCAGAAUGUACGGAUGUGAUUGAAGAAGUGCACUUAUCGGUCGUAGAAAGUCCACCGGACUUCUACUCCACGAGUUUGGAAUACAUUGGACCGCCAUUAAAAACCUACAACGACUGAAACAACGUUUUCUUUCGUUUUCUACAAAACUCGUGGAUUUUAAAUUCGUUACGUUCGUUCUUCGAUAUAAUAAUCAGGAUUGGAAAGUAAGGCGUUAUUCAGAACGCCGUUACUAUUAGAUGUUAUUUUUUCUCAGCGAUAAUUUGGUAAGGACACUAUUUCUUCUCAUUAGUAACGGGUAACGAGUUACUUUGUGAAAGUAACUUUUCAAUCCUGUUAGUAAUGUAGGAUAAUUAUACGCUUUAUUUCAUGUAAUUGCACGCGAAGCUUGUGUUUCUCGAGUAAUCAGUCGAAAUAAUUAUUUCUAUUAAGAUCAAAGCAAGAGCAAAAUAAUUAUUAAGUGUCAGAUGAGGUCACAAGAAUAUACGACAAAAGCGCAAGGUAGAAAAAAUUAAAUUGCACAUCCGUGUUACUGAAACUGUUCUCAUAUACUAGCUGACAAUUGCAUAACAAUAUCAAAUUAUGAUGCAAAAGAAAGGAGCACGAUAGCGCUCCUUGGUAUUUUUCGUAUGUACAAUGAAGAAACGCAAUCGUGGCAUUCAAAUAGUUGAUCAUACACAAUUUCAAUUUAAAAUAGUUUUAGUUCAUGGGCAAACACUGUACAUUUUGUUACAUCUAUUAUUUAUUUUCAUCCUAUAGUUACUUU